AGUGCUUACCUACCAAGUGGGAGGCCCUGAGUUCAAACCCCAGUACUGCCAAAAAAAAAAGAUGGUGGGAUAAAAACACAAAAAAUAAGAUGCAGCUGGAAGAGUUUGGGCUUUGGAUCCUGUGUGUCCUUAAUUACUUGACUCCUUUCUGAGCCUCAGUUUCCUCAUCUAUCAAGGGAAAAUAAUCAUGGCACUGAUGCCAUAGGGUUUUGUGAGGCUCAUAUAAGAUAAAAUAUGAAGGGUUCGAGCUCUGAAGCAGAAGCUCAGCGUCUAUCUGGAUGCUAUGGUCCAACUACUGAAAAAAGAAAGCAUCAGCCCCUGGACUGGCAGUCGACCAAGUCAGGAUAGGAAUAAUAAGGAUGGGGAAGGGGAGAUAAGUGACAAACCCAGCUUUGGAGUCAGACUGGGUCUAAACCCCAUCCAUGGCAAGUGGCUUGCCCUCUUUUCAGCCUUGAUUUCCUUGUCUGUAAAAUGGGUAUAAUAGUAAUCCUCUCUUCUACCACAGGGUAUAGUAAGGAUUUAAUUUAUUUAUUCAACAAGUAUUUUGGAGCACCUGCUAGAUGCUAGACAUGUUUCCAGUCACUACAGAUAGUAAAGGUGAUACAUUUUAGCAAUCUUAUUAUUUUCCUAAUCUGGAAAGAGGGAGACUGUUCUAGAAGGAGGAACUGAGUAGGCUGAGACUUUUAGAGUGGAGGUGAGCAACACAAUAAAAUGCCAUGGAGAUAAUAGCAGGCUGAUAUUUAUUGAGUGCUUACUCAGUGUCAGGCACAAAUUCACUCAUGAGGCAGGUGCUUGUAUUAUCCCCAUUUCACAGAUAGGAAAUGGGUUCUGAGAGGUACAGUGACAUCCUAAGCUGUGUAGUUGAGAGACAUGAAAGCCAUGUUUUUAAUCACAAAGUUUUAAAGUGGUUUAAGAGAUGGACCUAGGGGUGGUGGCAGGGAGGUGGUCUAGUAGAGGGAGGAGGGAAACCUGGUCCAGGAUGGUUAUUGAGCUCAAGGAAGGCAGUGAGUGAAGACUGGCAGGAAGAUUUCCCAGAAGAGGUGGUUUUGAGAAAUGGGUGAGUUAAGAGAUGGAAGGCCAGAGCAUUCCAGGCAAGGCACAGGCAAAGGCCCUGAGGUGAGAAUGAGUAGCAUGGCUUAGGGCUGAAAAGUAAGAGAAAAUGGAGCAGCUAAUGAGGGCUGGGAAGAUGGUGGCCUCAGGGCUAUAGGGAGGGAGACAGCCCCAGGGAAAUAAGGGGGCUAGCGGAUUCAAGAGACUUAGGAAAGGGAAUAGAGCAUAGUGAUCAACCGGGCAGCUGCUUCUCACCUACCAUUUUGAAAAUGGGGAGGUGCUGGUAAUCAAGUACCUGCUCCUCAGAUGACAGAAUCUGUAAGCAGUGCUUAGCACACACCUGGCAAGUAGUCCAUAUGUGGCUCAUUCAUUUGUUCUUUCACUAUCAAGUGCAUACUUGGUGUCAGGUCCUUUUCUACACUCAGUAGUGAACAAAUUAGAUUGGAAAAGCCCCUGCCCUCAAGGAGCUUACGUUGGGAGGUUGAAAGGCAGUUUACACAAAAACAAGUAAAAUAUAUGGUUUGUUGGCUGGCCAUGCCUAUAAUGCUAGCACUCAGAGGCUGAGGCAGGAUUUGAGCUCAAGGCCAGCCUGGACUACGGAGUGAGAUCUUAUCUCUAAAUAAAUAAAUGUGUGUGUGUGUGUGUGUACAUGGUUUGUUAGAUGGUGAUAAGUGCUGAAAGGGAAAAGAAAACAGGCAGGGGCUUAGAGAGUGCCAAGGUUAUAAGGUGAUUUUAUAUUUUUUUUAUUCAUUCAUUCAUUCAUUUGGAGACAAGUGUCUCACGAUGUAACCCAGGCUGGCCUUGAGUUCCUGGGCUCAAGCAAUCCUCCCAUCUUGACCUUCUGAGUAGCUACAGGUGCACACAGCAAGCCUGGCACCGUGUAUAUUUAUUUAUUGGUACUGGGGCUGAGUAUAAUCUUAAAUGGUUACAGAUGGAGGCUAUGGUUACUAUUUGUAUUAUUUGCAUGUUUUAGUAGUAAAAGCACCUGCCAGUUUACAUGUCCUUCAUGAGAAUCAUGUGACGUAUAGAUAUUGUCACUAUCUUUUAGGUGAGGGAGGACACUGAAGCUCAAACGGGAGACUGACUCAGGAGUCAUGACUUUGAGGACAGUGCUAUGCUGGCUGACCCUGUGGGCCCCUGUGGUGAGGCAGCAGAAAGAGAAUGGCUUAGAGAGGACGGGCAGUGCUAAGGUACCCAGCAUCCAAGCAUGGAGCUGAGCUGGAGAGCAGGACAGAGGCCUGUUUCCUGGAGCCAGAGCUAUGGUCAGCAUACCUCAGCCUGGCCUGCUUGGGGUGAGCUGAGAGAGUAGCUAGGUCCAGGAGUAACCCUGAGGGCAGAGCAGGGACAGCAGGCUAGGCAUGAGACACUGUGUGACUGAGCAGAGGGGCAGAAUCUGUCCAGAACUAAGUAAGCAUGUGGGUGGCGUUGCAAUUGAGGGGAGGGAAGGGAGGAGAGGAAGAAGUCAGCCCACUGACCAGAUGAGAGGGAAUAGCAAGGAGGUCGGCAGGGUCAGAACUGGCUGUGAAGGCCCUUGAAUGUCAGGCCAGAGACCUUGGCCUUGAUGUUGUCGUCAGCAGUAGGGAGCUAUUAAAGGUUUCAGGGCAGAGACACAGUGUCACGAGAAUGGGAUUUGAGGAAGAUGUAUCUGGCACUAGGUGGAGGAAAUUCCACAGAGGCUACUGGAGGUGGGAAUCGCACUGGGAGGCCGUCAGAGUUGAGCAGGUGAGAAAUGAUGAGGUCAGAUCCCAGAGACAGCUUGGACUGGUGAAAGGGGCAAGGCCUGGGGGAUAUGACUCCUGGGUGCUAGCCUUGAGUCUACUCAGGUUUUUAGAGGGACCUGGGGCUGGUUCUUUCCUCCCCUCUAUGUGCCUCUGUCUGAGGCCAUUUGAACUAAAGGCCCCUUCCUUUUUUUUUUUCCCCUUUCUUUUUUAACCUUUCAGGCUGAUCCAUUUUGAGAAGAUAAGGGCUAGGGUCUUCUCUCCAGAAAAAUACAAGCUUUGCUUAACAUUUUGUGAGGUUUACAAAUCUGCCAAAGUCUAACCAUGGAAGCAAGCUAGAUGAUCAAUAUUAAUAAACAGCAGCUAGCACUAAGUGCCUGUUAUGGCAGGUGCUGGGUGAAGUGUUCUACUUCAUGAUCUUGUUAGAAGCUGUAUACCAAUCCUAUGGAAUAGGCACCAUUGUAUUUAUUCUGCUUUAUAGAUGAGAAAACUGAGAGGUGGCCUAGAGAGGUGAGUUGCUCAGAAUCAGAGUGGGGAUUUAAGCCUGGGUUUGUCAAAUGUAUUGCCACUAAGAUUAGCCUAGGAUUCUAGGAUUGAGGAGGGAGAAAUGGCAGGGAAGUGGGCAGGUAUGGCAGGAUUUUCCAAGAAAGCCAUGGAGAAGUUAGAGCAAAAGGUAACAGAAACUGGAAACCGGGUAGUGGUGCUAGCUCAGCCCUGAGGAGAGGCGUCAGGCAAAUCAGAGGUGAGGGCUGGUGAUAAGAUUUCAUCUGCAGCUCCCUGACCUCACUUCCAGAGAGCUUGGUAUCUGUCCCACGUGUUCUUGAGCUAAGGAACUUGGUCUGGGGUCUCCUGGGAAAGAGUGGAGUGUGGGUUACUCUAGUCUCAAGGCCUGAUUAUGUUUGGUCCCUUGGCAGGGGAGGGCUUAGCCCUGACUCUUUGACUCAGCCUUCAGUGCUGUCUCUGGAAUCUACCCUCCCUUCUCAUUCCAAGGCCAUUGAGAAGGACCAGUGGGCCUUGAUCUCUUUAGGGGAGUUCAGAAGUAGAGACACUCUUUCCAUUCCAGAGAGGAAUCCUGGGGCCCAUUUGCUGAGAUCAGCAGUCUCAAGCUGCGUAGGAGCCACUUUAGGCUCUGGUUUAGAUCCUGGUUGGCAGCACCAUCUAGAAGCACAGCAGUAGGUGAUCUAGAUUAGAUGAGGCUGUGGUCUCAGGCAGGAAUCUAGAUUUAUGGUGAGUUGGACUUGGUCAUUUAGAACAGUGUCUUUCUGUAAAGAGCCAGCUACCAAAAUUUUUAGACUUUGUAGGCCAUUCAGUCUUUGUCAUGAUACCUUGAAAGUAGUCAUAGACAAUACGUAAACAAAUGAGCCGGAUUCUGUUCCAAUCAAAUUUCAGUUGUAAACAGGCAACAGACUGGAUUUGGCCCAUGGGCCACAUCUCCUGAUACUGAACCUUAUUUCUCCUGAGGGGUAUGCAGGUUUUAAACCUUAUCAGUCAGUGAUCUAAGCAAACAGGCUUGGGGUUUCAGGCUGGAAUCUGGAUCUAUAGCAGUUAAUAUGGAAUGUGAGCUAGAGCUGAGUAUUGGAAACUAGUGAAUAAGCAAUGUAGUAUAUAAUGGUUUCAAACAGACUUAGUUAAAAUCUCUGGCUUAGCUUAAAUUUACAGAAAGCUAGGGAGGGAUGGUAUUGGGGCAGUAAGAUUUAGACCCACACAUAAGGCUGUGGUCUGGAUAUGGGGAAGUGGGUGAGCUAAAGCCACACAGAUAUCAAUCUAGAGCAGAAAGAGCUUUGGUCUCAAGCCAGAGACCAUAUGAUCUAGAGCACCACUAGCCAAUAGAAAUGCAAUGGAAACCACGUACAGAAUUGAAAACUUUCUAAUACCCACAUUAAACAAAGUAAACUUAAUUUUAAUAAUGUAUCCUAUCUAACCAGUAUAUCAAUAUUAUAAUCUCAACAUAUAAUUAUUGUAAAAAUUAUUGAGAUAUUUUACAUUUUUUAUAGCAAGACUUCUGAACCUGGUGUAUAUUUUACACUUAUAGCUCCUCCCAGUUUGGACUAGCCACAUUCUUAGUGCUUAGUUAACUUCAUGUGGUUGGCAACUACCAUAGGGACAGCAUAGGCUUAAAAGCAGGUUUUACUUUGGGACCAGGGUGCAGAGGAGUCACAAGCAAGGGUGAUCUGGAAUAAAUAGAGCUGGACAUGCCAGAGGUCGCUGAGCAGACUUGAACUGGUGUAGACUAGCCCAGCAGGGGAGAGCACCUGGGCUCUGGGUUGAGGGGUGGGGGUUCCCUCCCUUGGAGUUCUGACCCAGUGGCAUCAGGUGGGAUCUCUCACAGUGGGAGACUGUGGGUACUCUCACAGUGUUCAGCAUUAUGUCUGGGCCCCCAGCGCCUCCUCCUCCCAGUGUCACCCUGACUCCGGAGUCUGGUCUAGCCUGGCAGGUGGGGGAGGGCAGGGUGGCAGCUGGACCCUUGAGGGAGCUAGAGCUCCACCCCUCCAAGCCAGCUGCUGCCAGCCUUCCUGGACUGACUCUGUGGAAACAGGGGGCCCAGAGACAGAAAUAAACUGCCAGGUUUCCGGGGUGGAGGGGGGUCAGCUGCCAGCCUUUGUGCUUCCUUGCUGGGUUGUGGGGGGAGCAGAAAGCAGCUUCGGGCCCUGCCCCAAAGAGUGGAAUGUAGCUGUUCCCCCCUGUGUGCCCUUCCCUUCCUUCCCACACCCCUUACCUCUGAGGCUGGGUUGCAUCUAGAAUUUGAUGGAUUAGUGAGCCCUAGGGGUCCAGUAGUCUGAGGGCAUUUGAGAGAAAAGGCUGGUCCCCUGGCACCUGGACACAACUUGGUGCCCGUUUCUAGCUGUUCCAUCGUGGGAACUGAACAGAUUCAGAAGGCUAUUGUGGGCACUAGACUGGGAGUGGGAGGAUUUGUGUUGGAUGUCUACUUUGCCACUAACUGGCCAAAGGCAACUUUGGACAAAUCACACUUUGAACCUCAGUUUCCUCCUCUGUUCUGGGUGGGUGCAGUGUUUGUCCAGCUUGUGUCAGGGCACUGUAGUUUAGUGGUCUAGUCAUCUGGAGCUAGUUUGCCUACUUCUGGGCUAUGCCAUUUUGUGACCUUUGGCCAGUCACUUAACUUUCCUGAGCCUCAGUUUCCUGGUACACAAAAAGGAUAAUAUUAUUUUUUUUACCGGGAUCUUGUAAUCAAGCGAGUUAAUGCAUGCUUAUAAUGCAGUGAAAACGCAUUGUUCAAAUGUAAAGGAUUUUCCCCUGCAAAAGGCCUUCUUAGACCCCCUCACUUUAUAAACCGAAAAACUAAGCACCCCACCCCCCGCCAAAAAAAAAGCGUGAAAGCGUUUUGCUCAAGGAGAGGCACACAGCAAGCAAAGUCUUUAUAUGGUAUCCACCACAUAAAGCCAGGCAGCUCAUCCCAACUUACAGGUAAGGAAAUCGAGGCCGAUGAUUGGCCACUGGUUCAUAGUAGCGCUAUCCAGUGAGGCCUGAGUCCGCCGCUGGGGAGGGAGUGCCCAGGCUCACCGGAGGAGGGGCGUGCAGGUAGCGGGCGCCCUGCAGCCACCACCCGAGCCAGGCGCGCUGUUUAUUAAUAAUCCCUCCACUCGGCCCGGGCAGAGCGCGCAGGUCCGGACCGCGGCCGGGCGCCUCCCGGGGCCGGCCCAGGCCGGAGAGGGAUCGAGGCGGCCCUCCCUUCCCUUUACACGUGACUCCCCCCUCCGCGGAUAGCCGAGGGCCCGGGCUGGCGGGCCGGGGGCCAGGAAAAAGCCGAAAACACUGCGGCUGGGCCGCUCCCCUCCCGCUCAAAAUAGCCCCCGGCCGGGGCUGCCACGCAUUCCGCGGGACCCGAGGCGCGGGAAGGGGCGGCCGGCCCGGCCCCCGCCCGGCCCGACGUGGCUGCCCGGCCGGGUUGCACGGGGUGGGGGCGAGGGCGGGCCGCGCGGCCGGCCGGCAUGUGGCUCUCCUUCGGGGAGCCUUGGCAGCCCGGGCUGCGCGCUGCGCCGGGAUGAUGGAGAGCUUCUGGAAUUUCCUGCAGCUGGAGAGCGCGGCCGGCCGGGGGAGCGGGCUGAGCGCGCGGCUCGGGAAGGGGCGCCUAGCCACCCGACCCUAGGGGGCGCCUCCGCGGCUGGGGUGGUGGGGGAGAUCUCCCCGCCUGGCCCCAGACUGCGGGUGUGGCAGGAGGCUCCGCUCCCCUCCCCCGCCGCCCUUUUUCGGGUCUGGCGGGGGUCCAGGCCCGCCCCUCCCGGCCUGGGCGGAGAGGGGCCAGGUGCAGGCAACGCCCCUCCCCCAGCCGCCUGGUUUCCCUCUCCGCCCGUCACCUCUUCCAGAAGUCAGAAGCCCUGCGGCCUCCUCCGGGAGGGGGCGGGGGUGGCAGGGAUCAGGGGGCAGCCAGGUAGCCUGAAGGGCGGCGGCGGGAAAACUCGGAGGCGGACUCCUCCGCCGGAGAACAGCUGGACCUGCAGACCUGCGCCUUCAGCUCUAACCGAGGCGUCGAAGGGCUUCUAGGAGGGAGGCAAGGCAGUCAUCUCCCAAUUCCCCUCCGCCCCCAGCUACCGAGCUGGUGGCGGGUGGACUGCUGGAAAGAUCUUGGAUGAUGUCCCCGACGGUGGCGAUGGUGUAGCUUUCUUUGGGGGCGGCUCUGCACCUUGCAGGUCCGGGAGUCCAGAAAAGGGCCCCCGGGAGGGAGGGGCUUCCUUUUGCUGAAACUUUGAGAUCGGGGGAGUAGAUGGGAGCUUGCCUGAUUGUCUACCCAUUGGCCCAGACACCAGACACCACCCAGCUGAGUGUGUGUAGAGGGCCCCAGGUGAGGGGCAGCACUCAGGCCUCUGUGGAGACCACCCUGGAGACGCUGGUGGAGACAGGCCUUUUCUGCUGAGCCAAGCCUCUGCACAGCCUGCCCAGGCGCUGUCCACGCCCCGAGGCCUGGGCUCAGGCCGAAGUUGCUCUGCAACAUCCCCAGCUGACAGCCAGCAACUGGCAGAGCCCCCAGGCACAGGGGCCCUUUCUCUUCCAGAGAUCUUCAGUGUGACAGCCCAAGCGGCAGAGCCGAGGGUCCUGGUCCCGGCUUCUCGCACCCUCAUGUCAGCCCCGGCCCCGCCCGGCGGCCCGCGGAGGACAAGGUCAGGAUGCGUGUGAAGCCCCAGGGCCUGGUGGUGACUUCCAGUGCCGUGUGCAGCUCUCCUGACUACCUCCGGGAGCCCAAGUACUACCCCGGCGGUCCCCCCACCCCCCGGCCCUUGCUUCCCACUCGGCCCCCUGCCUGCCCACCUGACAAGGCCUUCUCUACCCACACCUUCUCCGAGAACCCACGCCCACCCCCACGCCGGGACCCUAGCACCCGGCGCCCACCAGUCCUUGCCAAGGGGGACGACCCGCUGCCCCCGAGGGCAGCUCGUCCCAUCUCCCAGGCCCGCUGCCACUGGGACAACGGGCGUGUGAACCUUCGUCCAGUGGUGCAGCUGAUUGACAUCAUGAAGGACCUGACUCGGCUCUCCCAGGACCUGCAGCACAGUGGUGUGCAUCUGGACUGUGGUGGGCUGCGGCUCAGCCGUCCCCCCGCUCCGCCACCUGGCGACCUGCAGUACAGCUUCUUCUCCUCACCCAGUUUGGCCAACAGUAUCCGCAGUCCAGAGGAGCGCGCCACCCCUCAUGCCAAGUCAGAGCGUCCUGGCCACCCACUCUAUGAGCCUGAGCCUGAGCCUAGGGACAGUCCCCAGCCUGGCCAAGGCCAUAGUCCUGGAGCCACAGCUGCAGCCACUGGUCUGCCCCCAGAGCCUGAGCCAGAUGGUCCUGAUUAUUCUGAACUCGCUGAUGCAGAUAUCCUCAGUGAGCUGGCCUCCCUUACUUGCCCUGAGGCCCAGCUGCUAGAGGCCCAGGCCCUUGAGCCACCAUCGCCAGAGCCAGAGCCUCAGCUCCUGGACCCCCAACCCCGCUUCCUGGACCCACAGGCACUAGAGCCACUUGGGGAAGCUUUGGAGCUGCCACCCCUACAACCUCUUGCUGAUCCUCUUGGACUGCCAACCCUGGCUCUGCAGGCCCUGGAUACCCUACCUGACUCCCUAGAGUCCCAGCUGCUCGACCCCCAGGCACUUGACCCCUUGCCCAAGUUGCUGGACGUCCCAGGUCGCCGUCUGGAGCCCCAGCAGCCCCUGGGGCACUGCCCACUGGCUGAGCCCUUACGCCUGGACUUGUGCUCGCCCCAUGGCCCCCCUGGGCCUGAGGGCCACCCCAAGUAUGCCUUGCGGCGCACUGAUAGGCCAAAGAUCCUGUGUCGCCGGCGAAAAGCUGGCCGGGGGCGUAAAGCAGACAUGGGACCUGAGGGCCGCCUGCUGCCCCUGCCUAUGCCUACAGGGCUGGCAGCUGCCCUGGCUGAACCCCCGCCACCACCGCCUCCACCACCUCCUGCUCUGCCAGGCCCAGUCCCAAUCCCAGAGCUGGAGCCAGAAUCUUCCCAGACCCCAGCAGCCCCUAACCGCAAAGGCAAGUGCAGAGGCGUGCGGCGCAUGGUGGUGAAAAUGGCUAAGAUCCCUGUAUCGUUGGGGCGGCGGAACAAGACCACCUACAAAGUGUCAUCCUUGAGCAGCAGCCUGAGCGUGGAAGGCAAGGAGCUGGGCCUGCGUGUGUCGGCAGAGCCCACCCCACUGCUAAAGAUGAAGAACAAUGGGCGAAAUGUGGUAGUGGUCUUCCCACCAGGUGAGAUGCCCAUUAUUCUCAAGCGUAAGCGUGGUCGCCCUCCUAAGAACCUACUGUUGGGUCCCGGCAAGCCCAAGGAGCCAACAGUGGUGGCAGCUGAAGCGGCCACUGUGACAGCAGCCACCAUGGCCAUGCCAGAGGUGAAGAAACGACGGCGGCGGAAGCAAAAGCUGGCAUCUCCCCAGCCAUCCUAUGCAGCGGACGCCAAUGAUAGUAAGGCCGAGUACUCAGACGUCCUCGCUAAGCUGGCCUUUCUGAACCGCCAGAGCCAGUGUGCUGGGCGGUGCUCACCACCCCGCUGCUGGACACCCAGUGAGCCUGAAUCGGUACACCAGGCCCCUGACACCCAGAGCAUCUCCCAUUUCCUGCAUCGUGUGCAGGGCUUCCGGCGGCGUGGAGGCAAAACAGGUGGUUUUGGUGGCCGGGGUGGGGGCCACGCAGCCAAGGCAGCCCGAUGCUCCUUCAGUGACUUCUUUGAGGGCAUUGGCAAGAAAAAGAAGGUGGUAGCAGUGGCAGCUGCUGGGGUCGGGGGUCCUGGCCUUACUGAAUUGGGGCAUCCACGCAAACGGGGUCGGGGGGAGGUGGACGCUGUGACCGGGAAGCCCAAGCGCAAGAGGCGGUCCAGGAAGAAUGGGACUCUGUUCCCAGACCAGGUGCCCAGUGGCCCAGGCUUUGGGGAGGCGGGUACUGAGUGGCCUGGGGACAAGGGUGGUGGCUGGGCCCCUCACCAUGGGCACCCGGGUGGGCAAACUGGCCGAAACUGCGGGUUCCAGGGGACCGAGGCCCGAGCCUUUGCCUCCACUGGGCUGGAGAGUGGGGCUUCAGGCCGUGGCAGCUAUUAUGGCACAGGCACACCCUCGGGCCAGACCGAACUCAGCCAGGAGCGCCAGAACCUUUUCACUGGCUAUUUUCGCUCGCUCCUUGAUUCGGAUGACUCCUCCGACCUCUUGGACUUUGCCCUCUCAGCCUCUCGCCCAGAGUCCCGGAAGGCAUCAGGCACCUAUGCAGGGCCUCCCUCCAGUGCCCUGCCUACCCAGCGGGGCCUGGCCACCUUCCCCAGCCGGGGAACUAAGGCCAGCCCAGUGGCGGUGGGCAACAGUGGGGCUGGGGCGGACCCCUCCUUCCAACCUCUUCCCUCUCGCCAGACCUUCCCUCCAGGACGGGCAACGAGCUAUGGGAUAACCCCAGCCACUUCAGACUGCCGGGCAGCAGAGACCUUCCCAAAGCUGGCUCCCCCGCCUUCAGCUGUGGCCCGCUCUCCUACGACCCACCCACCUGCCAACACCUACCCUCCCCAGUAUGGUGGCUAUGGGGCCGGACAAAGCGUGUUUGCCCCGGCUAAGCCCUUUUCGGGCCAGGACUGUGCUAACAGCAAGGACUGCAGCUUUGCCUAUGGCAGUGGCAACAGCCUCCCUGCCUCACCCAGCAGUGCCCACAGUGCUGGCUAUGCCCCACCACCAACUGGGGGCCCUUGCCUGCCACCCAGCAAGGCCUCUUUCUUUAAUAGUUCUGAGGGAACCCCCUUCUCUGGGUCAGCUCCCACACCCCUGCGCUGUGACAGUCGAGCCAGCACCGUCUCGCCCGGCGGCUACAUGGUGCCCAAGGGCACCACAGCUUCUGCCACCUCUGCAGCCUCUGCCGCCUCUUCCUCCUCUUCUUCCUUUCAGCCCUCGCCUGAGAACUGUCGGCAGUUUGCGGGGGCUUCUCAGUGGCCUUUCCGGCAGGGCUAUGGAGGUCUGGACUGGGCCUCAGAGGCCUUUAGUCAGCUCUACAAUCCCACUUUUGACUGCCAUGUCAGCGAGCCCAACGUGAUUCUGGACAUCUCCAACUACACACCACAGAAAGUGAAGCAGCAGACAGCUGUGUCCGAGACUUUCUCCGAGUCGUCCUCCGACAGCACCCAGUUCAAUCAGCCAGUUGGUGGUGGUGGUUUUCGGCGUGCCAACAGUGAGGCCUCAAGCAGUGAGGGCCAGUCAAGCCUGUCCAGCCUGGAGAAACUGAUGAUGGACUGGAAUGAGGCGUCAUCUGCCCCCGGUUACAACUGGAACCAGAGUGUCCUCUUCCAGAGCAGCUCCAAGCCUGGCCGCGGACGGCGGAAGAAGGUAGAUCUGUUCGAGGCCUCACAUCUGGGCUUUUCAACAUCUGCCUCAGCUGCCGCCUCAGGCUACCCAUCCAAACGGAGCACCGGGCCCCGUCAGCCACGGGGUGGUCGGGGUGGUGGGGCCUGCUCAGCCAAGAAGGAACGAGGUGGUGCAGCAGCCAAAGCCAAGUUCAUCCCCAAGCCACAGCCAGUCAACCCACUGUUCCAGGACAGUCCAGAUCUUGGCCUGGAUUACUACAGCGGGGACAGCAGUAUGUCACCACUGCCCUCACAGUCAAGAGCCUUUGGUGUGGGAGAACGAGAUCCCUGUGACUUCAUGGGACCCUACUCCAUGAACCCAUCCACGCCUUCUGACGGCACUUUCGGCCAAGGCUUCCACUGCGACUCACCUAGCCUGGGUGCUCCUGAGCUUGAUGGCAAGCAUUUCCCACCACUGGCCCACCCACCCACGGUGUUUGAUGCUGGCCUGCAGAAGGCAUACUCGCCUACCUGCUCGCCCACGCUUGGCUUCAAGGAAGAGCUUCGGCCACCGCCCACAAAGCUAACUGCCUGUGAACCGCUCAAGCAUGGGCUCCAGGGGGCCAGCCUGAGCCACGCAGCUGCAGCCCAGGCCCACCUGAGCUGCCGGGACCUGCCAUUGGGCCAGCCCCACUAUGAUUCUCCCAGUUGCAAGGGCACAGCCUAUUGGUACCCACCAGGUUCUGCUGCCCGUAGCCCACCCUAUGAAGGCAAGGUGGGUACAGGGCUGUUGGCUGACUUCCUGGGCAGGACGGAGGCUGCAUGCCUCAGUGCCCCUCACCUGGCUAGCCCACCAGCCACGCCCAAGGCCGACAAGGAGCCACUAGAGAUGGCCCGGCCGCCUGGUCCACCACGUGGCCCUGCUGCAGCCGCUGCUGGCUAUGGCUGCCCACUCCUUAGUGACUUGACCCUGUCCCCCGUGCCGAGGGACUCGCUGCUGCCCCUGCAGGACACCGCCUACAGGUAUCCAGGCUUUAUGCCACAGGCACAUCCUGGCCUGGGUGGGGGCCCCAAGAGCGGCUUCCUAGGCCCCAUGGCGGAACCUCACCCCGAGGACACAUUCACCGUCACCUCCCUGUAGUGCCAACUGAAGUGCCGACUGGACCGUGAGGUUUUGUUCCUGGCUUUCAGAAAACCAACGCCAAGACCCCUCCCCGCGUCCACAUUGUCCUCUGGCAGGAGCACCUGCCCCUCUGCCUCCCACCCACCCUCUGCAGCCCCAUCUCCUCCCACCCCCCCAUCUCCUCCACGCAGAAGCCGAAGGUGAGCCCUUUCUGCACAAAACCAGCAAUUGUAAAUACUUUUUAAAAAUGUACAAAACUUAAAAACAAAACACAGUUUUAGAAAAAGACAAAAAAAAAAAAAGAGAGAGAGA